AUGACAGGCUUCGAGGUAAGCCCUGAGGAUGUCCGCGCACCAGGAUUACAAUGGACGCUCGUGUUCGACGGUGCUUCCAAUGCCCGAGGUCAUAGAAUAGGUGUUGUUAUCACUUCUCCAACUGGUUUCCACAUUCCCUUUACCGCUAGAUUAUAUUUUGACUGCACCAACAACAUGGCAGAAUAUGAAGCAUGUAUCUACGGUUUAGAGGCAACAAUCGACUUGAGAAUCAAAAUCCUUGAGGUAUUCGGUGAUUCAGCUCUGGUAAUUAGUCAGGUGAAAGGAGAUUGGGAGACUCAGGAUAGCAAGUUGAUACCCUACAAAGAUCACAUCAGAAAACUGAUACCCUAUUUUGAUGAAAUCUCCUUUCAUCAUAUUUCUAGGGAAGAAAAUCAGUUAGCAGAAGCUCUAGCCACGCUAGCAUCUAUGUUCAAAGUAAAAUGGAAGAAUGAAGCACCAUCCAUCCAAAUUGACCACUUAGAUGAACCAGCGCAUUGUCUAGCAAUUGAGGCCGAUCCUGACAAUAAGCCUUGGUUCUAA